AUGGACCAGCCAAGUCACAUUAUCGAUCCAGAUGGCGAAGUGAUCAUAUUAUUGCGCAGAGAACCUGACUCUUCAUUGGUACCUGUUCAAAAUCCUCUUGAACCCACCCAACCGUCAACAGAAGAGCCUGGUAUUCAAGAGCCUGUCGAGGAGCCAACUGUCGAAGAGCUAGUCCAAGAUUCCAUCGAAGAGCUAGUCCAAGAUCCCAUCGAAGAGCCAACCCAAGAGCCUGUCCAAGAGCCAAUCCAAGAGCCUGUCCAAGAGUCUGCUGUCCCAGACCCCCUGGUUGAGAAUUAUUUCAGCAUCCAAGUCUCCGCAAAGCAUCUGAUUCUUGCGUCCCCCAUUUUCAAGAAAAUACUUACCGGUGGCUGGAAGGAGAGUAUUACGUAUCUGCAAAAAGGCACAGUCGAGAUUACUGCAGAAAGCUGGGAUCUUGAAGCACUCUUGAUUCUCCUUCGUGCUAUUCAUUGUCAACAUUACCAAGUCCCACGAAAGCUAACUCUCGAAAUGCUUGCUAAGGUCGCUGUCAUAGCUGACUACUAUGACUGCAAGGAGGCUGUGUAUAUUUGGUCGACUAUAUGGAUCAACGCUCUGGAGGAAAAGAUUCCCAAAACAUAUUCCGAGGAUCUACCUCAGUGGCUAUGGGUUUCUUGGGCUUUCCAACUGCCAGACCAGUUCAAAGAAUCAACGUCGACUGUUAUGUCUUGGAGUGACGGAUGGAUUAACAGUCCUGGGUUUCCAAUCCCUGCUGAAGUCAUGGAAGCAAUGAAUAUAUCCAGAGAGGAUGCUAUUACUAAUCUGGUCACACUCCUUCAUGACAGACGAGAGGCACUCCUAAGCGGUACUCGAGGGUGUGGCUUUGAGUGCAGCUCAAUCAUGUAUGGAGCCCUUACAAAAGAGAUGCGGUCAGCUGAGCUAUUUUUGCCGAGACCUGAAGCUCCAUUUCCAGGUUUGAACUAUAAAGACUUGGUACGGAAGGUACAGUCAUUCAAGAUACCACGGUGGGAUAGUCGGACCUUGUCAUAUCCUUAUCAUUCCCAACACAGCUGUUUUGACUCGUCCUUUAAAAACCUCUUUGGGAUGCUGAAUGAUACGAUUGAAGGUCUUGACCUACAUAGUCUUAUUCCUUGA